UUUUUGCCUCUCCAUCCUGUUGGUGCUGCUAGCUCAAUCACUCAACUUCCAAGGCUGCUUCAUUGGGUAAUCACGUCUUCUACUACAAAACUUCCAGAAAAUGUUUACCAUUUUUAGAUUUGCUAAAAUGGCCAACGCACACCGGAGUUGAAGCUUUACACUAUGCCAAGAUGACAACCUAACGUAUCUCACUUUGUCAGCUGGAACACGCUUUCCGCGCGAUUGCUCGUUGCAAUAGAGACUGGAAGUGUUGGAACAUCUUCUUGAAUUAAGACCGACUGACAUUCGUCAGUCCAGACGAAGAAGCUAUACCCUUUUAUGACUGUACAAUUUGCAUCAGUCAUCUCGGCAUUAAGCUCGUCUGAUGUCAGAUCUUCUGUGAGGAUACGAAACCUAAGAAGCUUCGCCGAUUUGUAUAUGCCGCGGAGAAUCAGGGUUACUCUUCAGCGAAAUGAUAUGACAGUGCUUGCGUCAUGAGGUAUUUCAUGCUCCUUUGGUGCAUCGAACGCCAUCCAAAGAUGGAACGGAAGACUACGUUGGCCGUUGGGGUGUCUUGGCAAAUCAGCGCUUACCGCCUGUAGUCUGACACCUUGAGCCAUCACAAGGUGCUUUGAACAUAAGAUCAAAACACAAACGACGCGCUUAGAGGAUUAGGAACAUUUCUCGUUUCUAGAAUGUCUUACUACGGUGAAAUUUUCCUCCUGAGUUGCCGAAGUGUUCGACGACUAUAAAUUAGGUCUCUUCUUCCAAGUGGCGUAUCACCUGUUACAAUAAGCCAAAAAUUAUAUUCUAGUGACAUUGGUCAAGGAAAGCAACGUGACAUCGCUUCCCAAGACUCCUUUAGGUUAAGAUGAAAUACGACUUCAUUAUCGUUGGAGCCGGACCUGCUGGGGCAUCGCUUGCCUAUCGCCUUGCCACUACAAGCUCUGCGCCCAGAGUUCUCAUUCUUGAAGCAGGAGGCAAAAAUGAUGAUGCCAAUGCCACUCUAAUUGCAGACAGGUUCAUGACAUCUAAACUUUUUCCCGAAUAUGACUGGCAGUAUCAGACGGAGCCACAAGAGCACCUAGGUAACCGCAAACUUGCCUGUCCUCGCGGAAAAGGCCUAGGUGGCUCCUCGGCUAUCAACUACUGCUUCUAUACAAGAGGCCCGAAAGACGACUUUGAUGAAUGGGCUCGUCGCGUUGGCGACGACUUCUAUAAUUGGGAAAAUGCUGAACGACGUUUCAAAAAGCUUGAAGGUUUCGCCCCCAUACAAACAGAAAUGCACAAGAAGUAUGCCGACUGGAGACCUGAAAACCACGGAACCGAUGGACCUGUCAAGAUUACGGACCCACUACGAUGGGAAAAUAUCCAGGAGAGAACUCUCUUGUCUGGAUAUGAGAUGGGAUGGAAGAAAAAUAUGGACGGAAACAGUGGGGACCCCAUCGGUAUUGCAGUUGGAGCCACCACUGGGUCACAUUCACGGCGAACGACUGCGAAAACCGCAUAUCUUGAGAAACCUCCAAAAAAUCUAGAAAUUGUCACAAAUGCUUUCGCAACUAAAAUCCUGUUUGAGGGAAAGAGAGCAGUCGGUAUCCGAGCUGGAGGAAAUGACUAUUACGCGGAAAAGGAUGUGAUUCUGAGUGCCGGCGCCCUUGACUCCCCGAAACUUCUGAUGCUAAGCGGCGUCGGUCCUGCGGCUGAGCUCAAUAGGCACGGUAUUCCAAUCCUCGCAGAUCUACCAGUAGGCAUCGGCCUGCAAGAUCACCUAUUCAUGCCGAUGAUCGUUGAACAGAAGCCAGGAUUUGAUGAACGUCCUGCAUGGUUGGCGCCAGCAGCCAUGGAAGCUGCUCGUAGACAAUUCGAACUUGAUGGCACAGGACCUCUCAGCAUCUUGUGCAAUUCUGCUGUCGUCGGCUUCGACAAAGGCAGCACAUCGGUGUAUGAGUCCAAAGAAUUCAAAGAGCUACCGGAGGACGUCCAAGCGUAUCUCAUGAAGCCGACGAUCCCAACGUACGAAUUUGCUGGCUGCGUUCCAACAUUCCCGCUUCCUGGCUUUGAUCCGUCAAAGACAUACAACUCGGCAAUGACUUUUGGUAUGGUACCCCAAUCUCGUGGGACGGUAAGCUUAAAGUCUGCCGAUCCAGCCGACCCACCUGUUCUUGAUCCCAAGUUUUUGUCGCAUCCUUUUGACCGCGUGGCUUUACUGGAUGGCAUGCGCAAAGUCUAUCAUUGGCUAUAUAACCCAACUCAUUCUCCCGACAUCAUUGGUCCGUUUCACGUGCCACCGUCAGAUAGUGAUGAAGACCUCGAAGAAUAUGUUAAAAAUUACGGCAGCACGACGUUUCACCCUUCAUGCACUGCAAUGAUGGGUAAACUUGAUGAUCCGACUGCUGUUGUGACCACAGACUUCAGGGUCAAGGGUUUGGAAGGGCUGAGAGUGGCGGACUUGUCGGUCACUCCAUUCCUUCCUAAUUGCCAUACAGUGAGUACUGGCUAUUAUAUUGGCGAGUCGGCCGCGGAGCGCAUCACCAAAGAGUAUGGACUUGAUUUAUAAACUUCCAUAAUACACAGCAAUAGAUGAAAGAAC